AUGCAGUUCACCACCACCAUCGCCCUCCUCAUCGCUGCCGUCAGCAUCAAUGCCGCCCCAACGGAGAUGAGCAAGCGCCUCGACACAAUCCCUCUCAAGUUCUACUCUGGCCCAGGCUGCAACAGCGGCAUCGCCGUGACGACCGCCUACAUCCCCGCCGAUGGCUCCUGCUUCCCUACCUCGCCCAUCUUCAGCGGAAACACAGACUCCGCGUUGAUCCUCCCUACCGACUUGCCGGCGCUGCCUGCUGGUUGCACUCGUGAGUUACCUGAAACGAACGUCAACAGCAUCGUCUACGAUGUCACUGGUCGUUGCGGUACUUUCGGUCCUAACAAGCCCAUCUUCUCCGCGAGGGCUGUUGGCACUUGCCAGUGA